AUGGUGGGGUAUUGCAAGGUGUCUGGGCAAUGCAGUGAAUGUGGGAAAGCCUUUACUCAUCACUCAACACUAAUUAAACAUGUAAGAACUCACAAUGGAGAGAAGCCCUAUGAAUGUAAGGAAUGUGGGAAAACCUUCAGACAAACAUCAGCACUAACUAACCAUAUAAGAAUUCAUAGUGGAGAAAGGCCUUAUGAAUGUAAGGAAUGUGGGAAAGGCUUCAGUCAACCUGCUACACUAGCUAAACAUAGAAGAUCCCACAGUGGACAGAGGCCUUAUGAAUGUAAGGAAUGUGGGAAAACCUUUGGUCGACACUUACACCUCACUCAUCAUAAAAGAACACACAGUGGAGAGAAGCCUUAUGAAUGUGAAGAAUGUGGGAAAGUAUUUAGCAUUGCUGCAUCCCUGACUCAACAUAAAAGAACACACAGUGGAGAGAGGCCUUUUGAAUGCAAAGUAUGUGGGAAAACCUUUACUCGAUCUUCACAUCUCACUAUCCAUUUAAGAAUUCACAGUGGAGAGAAGCCUUAUGAAU